AUUGCAUUGCCCCAUGUCCAAAUAUUAGUUACCCAUCUCUUACUCUUCUUUCUUUUUCCGUGCAAAUUCCCUCCCCGACUCUCCAAGCAAAGCAGCUUUCACUUUUUUCUUUUUAUUCUCAAAGACUCAGCCUUUCUUUUAUUACUUUCUCUUUCUUUCCUUUUGGAUUCUGGGUUUCUGUGCUCUUACAUUGAGAUCUGUUUCUGUUUCAAGGCUAUGGGUUUUUACGAAGAACCUGGCACCAACUCUAGAACUACAAAAAAUGGCUUCACUGCUCUAUAUGCAGCUACCUCUACAUCAUCUACAGAUCACUGUAGUGGCUACAAUGAGUUGAAAAUAAAAUCUCUUUUAACAAAAAUGAUUUCGGAUUUUGGUUUUGCUUGUGUUCUUUCCGGUAGCCAAAGGAAAGGUUCAAGAAAGAACCAGAAAAGCAAUGGUGAAAAGAAAGGCAGCAAUUUGGAGCAUAACAAGGCUUGGUUGUUGGCUGAGUCAGGUGGAGGAGCUGAGUUGACAAGUAAUGACCCACAAUCAGUUCACUCAUCUUUCAGGUUUAGUUUUUGUUCUCAAGUCGAAUUAGAAGCUAUGAAUGCGAGUUCAUUGAGUUCCGCUACUGUUUUGAUGGUGAAUUUGGAUAAUGGGGUAAGUGAGGAUAGAGCUAAAGAAUUGAAAUGGAGAAGGAUUGAAUCUUUGGAAAGAAGUAUUUCACCAAUGGCUAAUUCUUUGGUUAGAUUCAACUAUGGUGAAAUUGUUUCAGCUACUAGAAAUUUUUCUAAAGGGAGAGUUUUGGGCAGAGGAGCAUUAAGCUUUGUUUUCAGGGGUAGAGUUGGGCUAUUGAAGACAGCUGUGGCUAUUAAGAGGUUGGAUAAAGAAGAUAAGGAGUCCGCUAAGGCCUUUUGCAGAGAACUGAUGAUUGCUAGUUCUUUGAAUCACCCAAAAAUUGUCCCUCUUUUGGGAUUUUGUAUUGAUCCUGAGGAAGGUUUGUUUUUGGUGUAUAAGUUUGUCUCUGGUGGAAGCUUAGAACGCCAUCUUCAUGAUAAGAAGAAGGGAGGAAAGGGACGACGUCCUUCUACACUUCCUUGGUUUUUUAGGUACAAGGUUGCCUUAGGAAUUGCAGAGGCAGUGGCAUAUUUACACAAUGGAACUGAAAGAUGUGUUGUUCAUAGAGACAUUAAACCCUCUAAUAUUCUUCUUUCUUCCAAGAAAACACCCAAGUUGUGUGAUUUUGGAUUAGCAACUUGGACUUCUGCACCCUCUAUUCCCUUCCUUUGCAAAACUGUUAAAGGAACAUUUGGGUAUUUGGCUCCCGAGUAUUUCCAACAUGGCAAAGUAUCUGAUAAAACUGAUGUUUAUGCUUUUGGGGUCGUCUUGUUGGAGCUGAUAACUGGACGGAAACCAAUUGAGGCAAGAAGGCCUCCAGGAGAAGAGAAUUUGGUCCUAUGGGCAAAACCUCUCUUGCAUAGAGGAAUGGCAGCUGUUGAAGAAUUACUUGACCCAAGACUCAAAUGCACUUCAAAAAAUUCAACUCAAAUAGCACGAAUGAUACAAGCUGCAGCUGCCUGCAUAAGCAAUGAAGAAUCACGAAGACCAGUCAUUGAUGAAAUUAUUGCUAUAUUGAGAGGUGAAGAAGAACCAUUUUACUCAAUCAGGAAGAAAUCCAAUUUCUCUGGAAUUAUUGAUUGUUAUCCUCAAUUGCAACAUUCAAAAAGUGAGAUGAAGAGUCACUUAGAUUUGGCGAUGCUAGGAGUUUCAGAGUUUGAGGAUGAUGAUCACCUUUAUUGUCGUUGAAACUGACUACCUUUUUAUUUAUCUGAUUUUUCAUCCCACCAUUUACUUUGUUGCUUGCUUGACAAGAAAGAUUUAGGCAUUAGAAUGGAAAAAAAAAUAAUAAUAAAAGUGUUGAAGUGUAAAUAGGAAAAGGAGACUGAUGAAAGCUGGUUGUGUGUACAAGCCCCAAUUCCCUGCCUCUGCCCUCCCUAGGAAAUCUAGCGUUCGGAGUUCUAUUAAGAUUGUUGAAGUGUCCUUAUUGUUGAUAGUAUUGUUUUGAAAUUAUGCAGUUUUGCAUAAUUUCAUUUGCUAACUUGCACAAGAACAGGGCAAGUUUUGGCUUCAAAUUCCUUGGUGACAGGAAGACUGAGCUUUUAAGGUAUAUUGUCAGAUAAUGUGUGAAUUUCAUUAACAGUGAGUAAAUUUGUUCAAUGCAGUGUUUCUUUACUCAUAGAUUAGCAGUGCUUGUAAACUAUUGUUGAUAGUUUGGUUUGUUGCAUCAGAAAGGAAUCAUUUAUGCUGUCACAACCAAGACAAUGGCCAAAUUUAGGUCAACUUGGCUAAAUUUUUUAUGGUAUAGAUAUGCAGGCAGCUUCUGUGAUGGGAACCAUGAACCUCUAAUACUGUUUAUUUAUACGGGCAAGCAUUCACACGCGCGCACAUGUACAGACAUACACAUGCAUGUGAUGCGUGCAUACGGUUGUUAAACAAUUUCCUGUUGCAUUUGAGCUUAUGUGGAAACUUAGCAGUUAUCAGUUUAUUAUAUGAUUAAUCAACAAACAAUGGGUUGCUUGUGUUAAUCUUGUCAA